AUGGUCGAGAAGGCCUACGUCACAUACAACCAGGUACAUAAGCUGUGCCAGGCUUCUGCAGGCCGCAUCCUCGAUGAAUUCCGCCCAAACCUCAUGAUCGCCAUCGGUGGUGGAGGAUAUGUGCCUGCACGAAUGCUAAGGUCGUUUCUCAAAAAGAAGGAUUCUCCAAAUAUCCCUAUCCAGGCCAUCGGACUCUCACUGUACGAAGAUCUAGGCAGAGGUGACCCCGAGGAAGUCCCCGGUACCAAAGUCACACGCACACAAUGGCUGGACCUGAGCUCGCUGGAGAUGGCCAACCUGAUUGGAAAGAAUGUUCUCAUAGUUGAUGAGGUCGAUGACACCCGCACGACCCUGGAAUACGCCGUUCGUGAACUUGAGAAAGACGUAGAACUUGCGCAAAAGCAGCUUGGCCGACAGGGAGAGAAGACCACCUUCUCUGUCUUUGUCCUACACAAUAAAGAUAAGCCAAAGAAGGGCCAACUCCCACCAGACAUGCUCGCAGAGAACCGAUAUCUUGCUGCAGUCACCAGCGGAGAUGUUUGGAUCUGCUAUCCUUGGGAAGCUACUGAUAUCGAUGAGCAUGACCGACUUGCUAAAGAGAACCCCCUCAAAUAA